AUGUGCGGGAAGUCGAUAGAUGCAGAUAUAAUUUUCACAACCAACUGUUACGGCAAUCCCACGUUGAUCGUUAACGGGAACCGAUUCAACAGGGAGUACGAAAAGAACUUGAAGUCGAGGUGGCGCUGCGUCAAGCGCAACUCCGGCUGCAAAGCUUUCGUGGUCACCUUCGACAGAAAUGUCGUCCACAUCACGGACCAUAAUCAUACGUCCGUCAUUAAUAAGAACCUGGUGGAGACGUGGCGAUGCAUCAAGAGGAACAGCGGGUGUAAAGCGACCGCGAAGACCCAUUUCGGAGUUCUGAUAAACCUCAACAACUUGCACAACCAU